AUGCCGCUUCCCGACGCUGAGACCGAGGUGAAGGCCUCCGGUGAAGCCGCGGAGAACUUCACAGAUCGCUAUUAUCAUGCACUGAAUACCCUCGCCAAGCUGGACUCGUUCUACAUCAACUCUUCGUCAAAAUACACUAUCCCGGCUGACAUCUCAAUCAACGGCAAGGUUGUCCCAACGCCAGCCGAGUAUUUGACUCUGUUGGAAGGCCAGGGCCAAGGCGUGCGGUACGAGAUAGAAUCUCUGGACGCGCACGUCAUAAACCCCUCCACUGGCUACGGUGCACCGGAAAAUAUCCACGACAAUCCCAAGGUGGAGCGGACCGGAGGGCGAAUGAGCAUCGUCGUGACCACCAUGGGCAGGGUGCAGUUCGGCAAAGCCCGAGAUUCGCCGCAAAAGAUGUUCAACGAGACGUUUGUGCUCGUUCCAAACUGGGACGCCAUGACGAGGAACCCUCCGCGCGGCCUGCAAAAGUGGUUGAUAAUGUCACAAAACUUUCGAGCUCUAUGA